GUUGGUCGGCAAAUCGUCUCCUCACUUCCGCAGUCCAUCGAAAUAAUCCAUAAAAUACAAACCCAAGAUGGCUGUCCACUGUGCCGCACUCUCCAUGUCCAAUAUAUUCAAACCUUUUCGGGCUGGAUUUGCCGGAAAUACGUUGAAAGUAUUUGGAACCACUGUCACAACUCACAAGAAUAAGUCGGUGUUGACUGGAGAUAACAUUCCUCCUCCAGCAAAAUAUGGCGGCAGACAUACUGUCACCCUCAUACCUGGAGAUGGAAUCGGUCCAGAGCUGUUUAGUCACGUCAGGGAAGUGUUCAGGUUCAGCUGCGUACCCAUGGACUUCGAGGUGGUACAAGUCAACUCAGCCUUGGAGACUGAAGAUGAUAUCAACAACGCCAUCACUGCCAUUCGACGAAAUGGCGUUGCCCUCAAAGGUAACAUAGAAACCAAACAUACCAUGCCCCCCUCUGUCAAAUCCAGAAAUAAUCUUCUUCGCACAAGCUUGGACCUGUAUGCCAAUGUCAUGCACUGCCAGUCCCUCCCAGGCGUCCAGACUCGCCACAAGAACAUCGACAUCAUGAUCAUCCGGGAGAACACUGAGGGAGAGUACAGCAGUCUGGAACAUGAGAGCGUUUCUGGGGUCGUGGAGUCUCUUAAAAUAAUCACCAGGAACAAUUCUCUCCGAAUCGCGGAAUAUGCUUUCCGGCUGGCCAGAGAGAAGGGGCGACGCAGGGUCACCGCUGUCCACAAGGCCAACAUUAUGAAGCUGGGCGAUGGCUUGUUCUUGCAGUGUUGCAAAGAGGUGGCCUCUGGGUACCCCGACAUCACGUUUGACAGCAUGAUUGUAGACAACACCACCAUGCAGCUGGUGUCAAAGCCUCAACAGUUUGAUGUGAUGGUGAUGCCCAACCUUUACGGCAAUGUGGUGAGCAACGUGUGCGCUGGCCUGGUGGGGGGGCCCGGCCUAGUGCCCGGAGCCAAUUACGGCCGUGACUAUGCAGUCUUUGAAACGGCCACAAGGAACACAGGAAAGAGUAUUGCAAACAGGAACAUAGCGAACCCCACUGCCCUGCUGCUCGCCAGCUGCAUGAUGCUUGACCAUCUUAAGCUUUAUGAUUAUGCAACUUUGAUCCGGAAUGCAGUGCUCACAACCAUGAAUGAAACCCGGUUGCAUACAGCGGAUAUUGGCGGUCAGGGCACCACAUCAGAAGUGGUUCAGUCCAUCAUGCGAAUCAUCCAGAGUAAAGGACAACACACGGCUGAGAUGUAAAGGUCAAAAGCACCACUGAUGGCACUCACACACAUACAGUAUCUUGGUCAUUUUGUAUUAUUAACCUCAGAAUGGUUAUUUUUUCCAACUGUUUGUUUCUCACGAUGAAGACAUUCUGAUGCUAACUGAUAUCAUCCCAUUCCUAGUUACAUUACUGUACAGUACCGAUUGGUAAAUCACAGAACAGCACAGAGGUCUGAUUCUUUCCUGGAGGCACUCUGUUGAAUUCAAUGAGAAGCACUUUUAAGUUUGGGAUAUAUUUAUUCUAUUUACAAAUCAAUUAUGGAUAUGUGAUAGGCUUAAGGCACCUGCACAAGUGACAACCAUUAUCCACAGCCGUUGAAGGGAAAUAUACAAAUUAAUCCCGCUAAUGCAGAUUCUAGAUAGAGUGCAUAUAGUUAUUGGAAUCUUUCAAAAAUCAGUAAGCACGCCCUUGUUUGCCCCAAGGUAAGCAAUGUACUUGGUUACUUGGUUGCUUACUUAUCAGUAAAAUAAUGGUAUGCUGCUGUAAGGCUUAUUAACAAAAAUGCAAACAUUAUAUGCUACUAUUGUGAGUGAGGCCUAUUCAUUAUGUAGCUAAAGAUGGCAAAAGAACAAUUAUAUAUCAUACAACUUUCAUUUGACCAUGCUGUGCAAUUAUUGACUUCCUACUGUGCUGUAACUCUGAUACAAAGGUCUACUAUACUGUAUAUGUUAUAUACUCUUCUAUCUUGUAUGGCUACAUCAUAUCGACCGCAUGAACUAAUUUCAUGUUCUGUAUGCUGUAUAAACACACAAUUACAAGCUUUUUGUCUGUAAUGAAUAUGGACUGUAAUUUUGCAUGACUGUACACUAAAACAUGCAUACUGUUAAAAAAAAGGUAAAUCUGUUUACCUGGCAAAGGAUGAAAGUAUGUUCUUUAAUCCGACCCACCAAUCAAGAGUCUUCUAUUUGUUGUAUUAAUUUUUUUUUUCAUUUAUCUGAUGAAAUAAUUUAUUGUAAAAAAACAAAAUACAAGAUGAAAAAAAUUAUACAUCUACAUUUAAUUUUGCAACAUUUGAUUGAAUAAUUGGUUAAUUAUAAAUAAUGAAAAUUAUUAUUAAUGAUGACUUAAUUUUAUUAUUAUUAAAAUAAACAAUUGUACAUACACAUAAAAAAUGUUUUGACAUAAUCUACAAAUGAGCUGCCCCAUCUAUUCGUUUUAAAAUUCAAAUGAGCAACAGCUUGCCACCCCUGUAAUUUCGAGCAAAUUGGCCUUUGCAAGUUGCUAUAUUUCCAUUUUGUCGCUAGAGGGCAGAAGAUCCUUGUAGAGUCGCCAACAACUCUUGAGGAAAACUGCCUAUAGUAGGCUUCACAGAAGAGACUCUCUCUCUCUCACACACACACACACACACACACACACACACAUAUCGUGUGGAAGAUGACACAAUGACUGGAUCUGUGUGUGCAUGAGUGUAUGUGUCAGGCGACUAAGAAUGCAAGACUGGCAGACAGCUUGUUUAAACAUAAUGUGCCAUUUCUGAUCUCAAUCGGGUUACAGUACUAUGAAUAAUGGCCCCUGGAUGCAAACCAAGUACGACUAAAUUUGGCAUCCUUGUUUUUAUCUUCAUUUAGAAUUAAAUGAAGCACUUAAGUAAAGUCACAAGGUAAAACCUGAAGCAUCCAUUAGUGCAGUUAAAACAGUCUGACCUUUUCCUCACUUCUUAGAGUGCAGUACGGUGCUGCCUUGAGAUAUGAUUUAAAUUGGUUCUGUGACCACGUUCGUAACUCAAAAUACUUUUAUCUCAAAUCAUCUUUCCCAAUUGAAAUGAAAUGAAAGUGUGUGUUCCAGCCUCCCCCCAAAAAGCAUUUUUUGUGAGGCUUUUUCAAUAAGAACAAUAUAGCACCGUAUAACAUGGUACCUUAUAAAAACAUACAGUAACAACACAAUUAAAAAGAAUAUAAAGAAUGAAACUAUCUUCACCACAUUUUUUUUUUUGCUUCAAUUAAAUGGAAAUUGUGCUUCUCCUUCUGGUGUGUCCGCCUUUGCCACCUGCGGACAGUAUGACACAGACAUGCAGAAUACACAGAGAAGGUCACAAAUUACUCUGUAAGCCGCAUUUAGUCUUUCGUCACAGAGGAUUACAAAUCUAUGCCUGUGAGUAUUACUGUAUAGUAUCUGUCUACAUGUGUUGCUCCACCGUUUGUGUUCAAAUAACCGUUACCCCGUCUGUGGUGUUUUGUAUUGUUUGUUAGCAUUAAGCUAAACAGACUUUUUCAAUGCAAAUAUAUGUGGUUGGUUUCAAUAAACAAUAUGUACAAUAAUUAUCUGUAAACUUCAAGUGGGAAUAGCAAUAAACAGCUUGAAGUGUC